AGGGACGGCGUGCCAUUCGAAUCGAGGGAGCAGGUCUCCGGCAGGGGGGCGAGGUUGCCGAAGGAUUCAAUCCUGUGGUCCAAUCGUUGUCUUGUUCCUGUUAGUCCUUUUCAGCCUGGUAAGGCGUCCCAGUCUGUUCCGCCCCCACCCCAAGCACAUAAUGGGCCCCACAGGUUGAAUGUUCUCAAGCAGUGUGCCGGUGUUCCUGAAAAGACAGUGAAGUCGGAAUUGAGUCGUUGUGGUUCCGAUGAGUUGCAGCUCAUACAUCGUGCUGUCUGUGAACCUCAACCUCAAGCACGGAUGCUCAAGCCCUCUGGUGCGAUGAGCGUGAGCACUGAAUGCUUUCCAAGAGGUUUGGUAAUGUCAAAACCAUCAACAUUGGUCGCCCAAGCCGCGUGGACACCUUUGAAGAUCUUUCGCAUUGCGUCCCACUGGACGACCGAAAGUCCCGUGCAUGAGCCUGUAAGUCGCAGGUAUGCGGGAUGA